UCAGCAGUUAUCCAAACGCUAGCGAGAUGCCUUGCAUCCGCUCCGCGUAAUGAGCGCUGCUCAUCUGGAGGAGGCAUGCCGGCUAUGCCAGAAAGCUCUUGAUGAAGUGGAGGAAGUGGUGGACCUGCGUGAUUGUGGCGUUGAUGCUCGUGCUAGUACAGCCUCAACCUCACUCCGCACACGCGCCUCUUCGAGUUCAGCGGCGACGAUCCGUUGGGACAGCAGCUCAGAGAUCAACUGGGCUGGCCUGGCGGACGCCAACGAUGAGCUCGAUGUGGACAGCGUGUUGAGGGCCCUGAUGAACCCCGAGGCUUAUUCCGGGCUCUCGGAGAUCUUGGCGCACAGCGCGGACAGGUAUGCUGGGAACGAGCCGAUGCAAUCGAGUCCGAGUCCGCCGAAAAGCGAGGCGGGUUCGGCGGCUCCCUCACCAGCAGCUCCAGCGGUGUCGGGCUUGCAGCUGCCGCCCGGCGAGACCCGGGCCUUCGGCUUCGACUGGCUCACGUUGACCCGGCGCAGCUCCUGCAGUGUGCAGUCCGGGUCGGAGGUGCUCUCAGCCUCGGAUUCCGUUUUCGAGCCGAGAGCCUCGAUUGACGCUGGUGGAAGCCGGUUCCAGGCGAAUGUGGACCUUGUGCAAGAGGAGAUCCUGCGAUCCUUGGAGCGUGACUCGCCUCGUGAGCCAUCCUCUCCAGCUGUUGCCGAGGAAACCAUCUCCGUGGUUGACGUGGAUGAGAUGUCCCCAGCCUCCCAGGCUGAUGACGAGUCCAUGCACAUUGUAUAUGGGGCCAGCGUGUCCAGUCCUGGCUCCUCGUUUUUCGCGAGCCCCAGGCCACUGGAGAACACGGUCAGCUCGCUUUUGCACAGGCUGACUUUUGAUCAUCGGCUGGAUGAGAGCAUCGCCAGUAGCAUCCAACGAGUCCUGGAGGUGCAGGAGCUAUUGCCGGACGCCUCCCGUUUGAGCGAGGAGGAGAUUCAGGCACUGCCCCAGAUCCGCUUCACUGGCGAGAAGCAGCAGUGCGCCAUCUGCCUCGACGCGUUUCAGGAGCAUGAGACGCUCACGGUGCUGCGUUGUGCGCACUUCUUCCACACGCAGUGUGUGGCAAACUGGAUGCAGAGAGCCACCCAUUGCCCGCUGUGCCGUACUUGCUGCUUCGAAUGAGGGUGACACAAUGUAGCCCUGGAGGGACAGGGCCCUACCCACCACCUAGGGCCGCCA